GCAACUGCCCGAACAGUGAACAACUCGAACCGAGCUCGCAUUGUGUUCCUGCACCCAACUGAAAAUGGUCCGUCGUGUUUCUGCGGGUCCUCCUGGAAAGGCUUGGAUGGGGGUGCACAGCAUCAGGCGCCGCGCUGGCAUCAACGCCCAAAAAUGGUGACAACUGUGUCCCAGUUGGGCAACUGGCAGCCUGCCUUCAAACGCACGCCGUUUCACGCCCACUUUCGAGGACGCCAGGCAGUCAGCAAAUACGUGCACCUGUUUGCCGGCGCAGAACAAGAGAAUGUUCAACUUCGAAAACGGAAUGGGCAAAACAGCGAGCCAAUGGAGCCUCAAGCGCGAAUCGAAUCUCUUGAUGCACUCGGAGUCGGCGCCACCGGCGCAGUGGCGUCAUUUGGCCGAUCGUCAGCAGAGCCGCUGUCAUUACCCACCCGAGCCAUCCAGCAAUCCCCCUUCACACGCCGGCGGCACCUCAGAUUGCGGCAACCCGCAGUUUGGCCCUGUUUGGUCGUUGCCACAUCGCCAAGACACCAUUUCCCGAGCCUCAAGUGGCUAUCGCUCGUCGUUUGUGACGUCCGCCCAUGCCGUGCAGGCGUCGGAUAGACCCACCUUGGGUACUUGAGCCCCAUUCCCGCUCUGGCGCAGAUGGCGCUGGAAGUCCGGCGACUGACUUGUCAUCCAUUGCAACGUGUUUUCUCCCUCUCUUCGUCU